AGGUCAAAGUGAUGCUGAAGGUUGGCGCGUCUGGCGAAGGCCCCUUCACAAGCGGAACCCAAACGUUCUCCCUGGACAAGCGCAAGAAGCAAGUGAGCCUCUGCGAAAAUGUUCCCGCUGCCGCGACUGCCCCAGAAGACAGAAGGGUGGGAGUGGCGGCGCCGAAGAUGUUUGCCUUCGACGCAAUCUUCUCACAGGAUGAUCCUCAGAGCGAGAUAUGUUCGAGCGCGCUUACUGACGUCAUCCACGCUGUCAUCAAUGGAACGGAUGGUUGCCUCUUCUGCUUCGGACACGCAGGACUAGGUAAAUCCUAUACAAUGAUGGGGCGACCUGACUCCACCGCAGCAUUGGGCGCAAUACCGUGCGCCAUAUCGUGGCUGUUCCGUGGGAUAGCCGAGCAGAGGCAUAAAUGCGGCACUCGCUUCUCCGUCAGGGUGUCGGCGGUGGAACUGUGCACGAACACCAAUCAGAUCAGGGAUCUGCUGGCACCCUAUCAGAAUGACUCAGAACAGUCCCCUGGGGUAUACCUUCGAGACGAUCCACUAUUCGGAACGCACUUGCAAAAUCAAGCAGAGCUGCGCGUACACAGCCCCGAGAAGGCAGCUUUCUAUUUGGACGCAGCGCUAGCGAUGCGUGGCGCACGUGAAGAAGGGAAGGACAGUCAUUUGCUGUACACCCUUCAUGUAUACCAAUACAGCGUUGGAGGCAAAGGCGCCGUUGCUGGAGGACGUAGCCGCCUGCAUCUUAUCGACCUGGGGAACUCUGAACGGGGUAAAACUAACGGUGGGAUUCCAUUAUCCGGCUUAGGAAAUAUUCUCCUAGCUAUAUUUAACGGGCAAAGGCACUUACCGUACAGGGAUCACAAUCUCACACAUGUCUUGAAGGAAUGCCUCGGAUCACUCACAUGCCACACUGCUAUGAUAGUACAUGUAUCGCCAAAUGUACAAAAUUAUUCAGAUACAUUAACUACUUUACAAUUAGCUUCAAGAAUACAUAGACUAAGGCGAAGAAAAGUAAAAUACUCGUCCAAUAAUAAUGCGGGCUCUGGAGGAAGUUCUGGCGAAGAUGCUUCGAAACCUAGCAGCAGUGAACCAGACCCAUCAAGUAGUGACUUAUCUGCAGAUACUGUUAUUUAUGUAGGACCUUUAGAUGACGCUACUGACGGAGAACAUCCACCUGUUUAUAUACCACAUAUUAACUCCGGUGACAACAGAUGUGUUUUGAGUAAAGCUUUGAGAGGCUCCGCCGCUGAACAAAGGCACAAGUCAUCACUGUCGAAAGUCAUUGAAGAAAAAAGUCCCGUACAUAAACCACACGCAUCUCCUAAAGCAUCACCUUUAAAAACUGCUGUACCAAGUACAAAUACACCAAAAUCAUCACCUGUCCAUUCGUCCAAUUCAAAAUCAACGCCCAUCAAAAAAUCUUCUCAAAAACAGUUUUCUGAAGAUGGUAAAGGUACAAGUGAUGAACAGUGGAUAGACGGACCAAGAAUAUCAAAAUCAAAAUUAGUAGAAGCACGCCACAUUGUAAAAGAACCCCAAUGUAAAAAACGAGAGACUUGGAUUGACGGUCCUAUGCAAGAACCUAAACACUCCUUACAUUUUGACCCCACAACAGUUCAGCCAAACCCUGUACCACUUCAGAUUGGUAUCCUAGGUGCACAAGGAAAUGAAAGUAUCGGUUAUGGUUAUAUGGACAGUCACAAGAAAAAUAUGAUACGGAAGUGGGUCGAAAAUCAAACAUCACAAAUACAUAGAUCUAGACACAGUUCACCCAGUCACAAAGCCAAUGUGUCUAAUAAAGAUCCAGUUUUAAGAAUGUCUGAAGAAGAAGUAGCUGCAUUAAGGUUGGAACCUAUAAUAAGAGAUGCAGUAAGAAGAAUACAUAUUGAGGAAUCUACCAUAAGAACUGGACUCAAAGCUGGAUCUAAAGGUAUAGCUAUAGAAGAGGAAAAUCUAGGUCCACCGUUUUAUGAUAGAAAUUCACAGCCCCAAAAAAGAGAGAGUAUAUCUAAACCGGCUGUGAAAACUGAACCAGACGAAGAUGACGAUAGUGAAGAAUCGGCAGAAAUUCCCCCGGCAUUACCAAUAAUGCAACCUAGUAGUUUAAACAGUAGAGAAGUAUCAAUGGAGAGCUUAGAUAGUAAAUAUAAAGAGAGAUUAAGAAUGGAUGAUGAAUUAGUUUCGAAUCAUAGCAGAGAUAUUGAUUCUCAAGGAAUAAGUAAAGGGCCAAUUGAUGAUGAUGAUGAAAUUUUAGAAAUAAUUGAAGUAGAAGAACCCCUCGAACCAGUCCCUAUGCAGGACUGUUGUCUUCAAGUUACAGAAGAAGACAUUGCAUUUUGCAUGGGAUUUUCAGAAAACCCUUUGCCGGAGGUUGAUCAAGAAGAUGACGACCAUCCUCUUAGAAUCCUUAGCCAAGAAAAUUUAACAGUGGCUUCAACAUUUACCGAUACAUUGUCAUUAUAUAGUGAAGUUGAACGACAAAUUAGAAAUGAGGCCUAUCUUAGACAAACAAUGGGCUUUUAUGUCGAAAACUUUAGUUGUGAACCAAUUGGUGACAUGAAUCCACAUCAAAGCUUACAAUCAUCUAGAUCAAGGAUAGAUGAAAUAAUAGGUUUAGCGGAAUUAUAUGGCUCUCGUCGAAUAUUAGAUAAUAAUGAGUCGUCAAUAACUAGAACAAUUGCGCCUCAAUUUCAAUCAUUGUCUCUGUCCAACGUUCGAGAUACCGAAGAAUAUCACGGAGACGGUUCGGUAUACAGCGAACCGGCAUACAGGCCAAGUGACAAAAUUUGUGAUAGUUGUAGAAGAUCCAUGUCUCGACCUGGGAGUGCGAUAGGAGAUUGUGCAUAUCAAGAUUUGGAUGUAACUCAUAACGAUUGUUAUGGCCCUUUUGAGAGAUAUAGGGGAAACGAUAUUACUGAUGCAAGGAUAGCAUCAUUGCGACAUCCAGACGGUGCAUCAGACCCAAAUUUACGAGAAGAAAGGAGAAUUCCUGGUAGUGGAGCACCAUCUACGACAACUUUUCGGGAGUUAAAGUCCAAUUUACACUUAGAAGUGACCCCACCAGUCGUGACCACAGAACCACGCUUAGAUAAAGUUGAAAAAGGAGACAGAGGCAUAGCUCGUGUUGUAGCGAGUUCCAAGCCGGACGGAUACGACAGCGGUCAUGAGUCUACGCCUCGUACGGGGAAACACAGUCCAGCAGCGACUUCUCGGCGUGCUGAAUCAGGUUACGACUCAGUACCCAGAGAUUCUGAUGCAUCUUCCUUAGACUCAUAUCCAACAAGACGAGCAGCAGUAGCAAGAGCGCACGCUAAGAAACACACUACUGCUAAAUACAAACAACACAGCGACCGAUCGUUUUGCUCCUGGCUUAGAAACCCUUUCACAUGUAAAUACGCUGAUACAGACCCUGAAAUUAGCGACUUUUAA